UUUGUUUUUUAUUCCCUUUGACAAUUUAUAUUCUACAAUUCAUUUGCUUCGAGGUUUUUAGUUUUUCAAUUUAGAGAUUGCGCACCACGCGAAAGAUUGCAUUUCGGACGCAUUUUUCUUUUGACAGUACUAGUACCAGCUUUGAUCUCAUUUGGUCUUUGUAUUCGAGUACUCUUUGUCCGCGUGCUUUAUUUAUUGUACAGGGUUUUUCCUGAGUCAGGCACAUGCGCAUUUCUGUAUUCCAGCAGGCGUCUGUCACGCUCGCUUCGUUGGUCGUAUUACUGACAAUGUCUUCAGCGGCUAAAGCGACUUUGCAGAGCCAGCUGUCAUCGCGGAAGUUCUCCAACGCGCAGUUUUCCAACGCAUUGAGCGGAUAUUCAAAAGGGCGAACUCCUUGCGCCGUGCUUGUCCCGCGGCAAAUAGGAUCGCCGGGGUACCGAGCCGCGCAAGGGUUGAUUGUGGACACUUUGGGAAAGCUCGGGUAUGCGAUCUCGUGGGAUAACUUUACAGCAUCCACUCCAGCCGGAAACGUGAAGAUGGCCAAUAUUAUAGCCACGCACAACCCGGGCGCUGCCAAGCGACUUGUGUUGUCGGCGCACUACGAGAGCAAAAUAAUGAUGGAAGGUGACUUUGUGGGCGCAACGGAUUCGGCAGUGCCGGUGGCUUUGAUGCUGGAUGUGGCCCGCGGUCUUGCUGACAAGAUUGAUCAGCUGACUAGCCGCGACCUGAGCCUGCAACUGAUCUUUUUUGAUGGAGAGGAGGCAUAUCACGAAUGGACAACUACUGACUCGAUCUACGGAGCACGUCAUUUGGCAGAUAGCUGGGAAAAGGGGCCGGACUCAGCAACUGUCGCGGCGCUUAGCGGAACCACACAGCAUGUCCCUGAACUGCAGCGCGUUGAGUUGAUGGUAUUGCUAGAUCUGAUUGGUGCCUCCACUACAGCAUUUGUUGCGCUUGAAUUGCCCACAGCAGACCUUUUUAUCCAGCUUGGAAAGCUCGAGAAGCGCCUGCACAGCGCUGGGCAUAUUAGCCGCACGUACAUGGACAUGGCAGUACAACCUGGAUCGAAGAAUAUUGCAGAUGACCAUAUUCCAUUUGUCCAGCGCGACAUUCCCGUGAUGCAUCUGAUUUCGGUUCCAUUCCCCGAGGCACUGGACCCCAGGGUGAUUGCUGACAUGAGCAUCAUCCUACGCUCUUUCGUGGCCAGCUACAUGCGGUUGAGCGUUUGACGAAGGGGACAAGGCAGACCCACAAGAAUUGGGCCGUUGUCUGAGGAGAAAUCCGAGCCUGAUAUUACUGAUGAUGUUAGCGACAACAGUAAUAACAACGAUGAUGCGAUUCUUGCGGGUGAUGGCCCUGACCACCAGAAGGCUAGCAACUUUCCUGGCACAGGCCGUGCUGUCUUGUCCGACAUUGCUUUUUUUGUUCGAUUUGUCUCUGUGCUAUUACUAGGCACUCUUUUCCACAUUCUCAUAUCCAGAUUUUUGAGGUUGUAAACUGGUCAACGUAAAACGAAUAAACGCGUUGUGGUGAAUGUAUUGCUAAAAUAGGAAUGGAUUAACCUAUUUGUAUUGCUGCACACUUGGACACACCCUAAACGAAAAUCGUUAUCAUUCUAACAAUGUGUAUCUCUUAAGUUGCCUGGAUGCCUGUCUGGUUCCCAUUAUUGGAUAAAAUGACCCCAUCCUUCAGCUGUUAUGAUAAAG